AUAAUUUAGUGCAAUAUAUAUUAAAACUUCUAUCUAUAAGUAUAUUUCGGGGAGUUCAAAGGAUUGAUUGAUAGGAUAUGGUAUAGGUUGAUGGGAUAAUAUUAUAUAUAGGACGAAUGGAUCGUAAGAAACUUUGAAUUAAGAAACAUAAAAGAAAGAAUUAUGAAGGAAGAUAACACGAAAUGGUGAAUAAUGGAAUCAUCGCGACCUUUGAAUAACGUCUUGGCGUUGAUUGAAUAAGACAGGGUCAUGCCCCCUGUCCGUUUUCCGGUACCAUGCACAACAUUUGCUCCAUAUAACAGCACAAUCAACGAAAGUCAAGCAUUAGAGUUGGCGAAAGAUGAUCGCAAUGCCCUACUAUACAUCGUCGUCACGCUUUUGUUUUAUUCCAUGGGAAUCAUCAUUGGGAUUAUCACAUAUUUAAAACGUGAACGGCGUGAGAUGCUGGAAGAUAAAACAUUUGACCUCUAUUUUCAAAUGAAAAGUGACCCGUAUACUACCUUUAAAGCAGAACGAGUGCAAAUGGUCGCAGCGCGAUUAGCGCAGUUAGAAAAAGAUAAGUUGGAAAAAGAGAUUCUCAUGAGUUCAGAAGCAGGGUGCAGUAACGGAAUUCAAAAUCAAACAUCUCUGGAGGUUAACCAAUCAGAAUCGUCAGAUUGUGAAUCUAUUCCUACUGUAGCAAGCAAAUCAAGCCCAACCAUGUCUUCUUCCUCGGGUAACAACACAAGACCAACAGAUAUAGACAUUACCAAACAGACCAUUUCAGAAAAUGAGAUUAAUGUUUCAGGGGAUGAAAUAAAAUCAAAAAUAGAGUCAGUGAGUGAUGCCGAACCUGCUGAACCUGCUAGUGAUCCUGCGGGUUCUGGUGGUGGUGCUGCUGCUAUUGCAAUCAAGACUGAAAUUCCUCUAAAACCAGGACUUGGUCCCACCGAUAAUCAACGACGUACUGUCUUUCAAGUUUCUCCUUCAGGGGAGCCGAUUUCUUCUGUGGUAGCUAAAAUAUUCGACUCGGAGAGACGAGGUGGAUUGAUGAUGUCCCCUAAAGCUCUACAUCUGUUCGAUCGGGGCAAAAAACGGUUAGUGGGACGCCAACUUUCUCUAGACGUUCCAGAUAGAAGGGUAACUCCGAGAUUAAAAACCCGUCAACUUUCCAUGGAUAUUCCUGAUACGGAAAUGGUGCCAAAUUUAUUUAGCGAAGUAGAAAAAGAUAGACUAUUGUCUGAGAUUCAGAGAGACGAAAUUCCAGAAGAAACUUCAGAGGAUUCUCUUGUUUCUAGAGUUUAAGGGAAUUGUAGGAGAUGAGUGCAAAAUAAUGGAAAUAGUAGUGAUUCUUUUUGGAUUAAAAGUUUGUGAUUCUCAUAUACUAGUGAUGCGUUUGGCUGAUAACUUUUCAUAUGUUAUUUGUUAUGCAGGGUAUCGUUAAUUGUGAUAACAGAUCUCAGGCUGUGCUUUGGAAAGUUUAGUCCAUAAGGCGGUUUCGACAGCUUCGAGUAAGGCUAAUACCAAAAUCAUUUCUUGUUCGUAUCCUGUUUUCCAGCUCAAAUAUUACUGGGUUAUUCCAAAAUUGGUAAGACUUUUCCUGAAGGGUAGAUUGUUUAAUGGAUAAGAAAUACCGGCAGUGGUUGAUUUAAUCAAAUUCACUCAACGAUUGUAUAUAGACGUACACAACUGUUUUUUAUUUUUACCGCACAAAAUUUUAACAAUCUUCAUUAAACACUUCACCGUUUCUAACAAACAUUUUUUUAAACAUUGCAACAGGCUUAUUAUAAUUUAUUAAUGUUUGUCCUAGAUACCUGACGUGUCAUUGACAUCUUGUUCACAUGAAAUGGGGUGUCGAAUAUCACGUGCAGUUAUGUUGGGGGGUGUUUAAAAUAAAAUAAAUUUUCUGUAAUACGUGUUAUUCCAGGAGCAUUAUGUUCUUUGCAGUAAAACUGUACUUUGUUUGAAGUGGGUUUUCUCGUAGGUUAAUUCGCAAGGAGCAUAGUGUAUGUUGUAGUCAUACGCCAUUUUGUU